UCGGAAAUGUCUCCGAUAAAGGACUUAAAUGUUAUUUACAUAGCGGUCAACGAAGAUGGUACUUUCUCUCAAGGAGACAUUAUUGUAGGCGCAGUGAUUUUCAGACUGACUAAAGACGUCAAAGUCAAGAGCGUCUCUCUGAAAGCCAAAGGUGACGCCAGCGCAGAGUGGUCAAACGGAGACACCAAGUUCAUAUCGCACUGGAGAUAUUUCAAAGUGAAGAAGUACUUAGUCGAAAAAAAUGAUAAAGACACUGUACUUCCCCAAGGGGUCAACACUUUAUUCUUCAUGUUUAAAAUCCCAGAGUGUGACAUGCCUUCAUCCUACAAGGGAAAAGGUGGAAGAAUUGUCUACAUGUUUGAAGCAAAGAUAUCCAGGAGCUGGCGAUGGUCUUCUGAAGCACAAAAAGAGAUCAAGUUUGUUUCCAAGUCCUGUCCACCCACCGCUCAGCUGAUGUGUCCACAGUCUGGUUCAGUGAGUAAAACCAUCAGUGGUCUCUCAAAGGGACAGGUCCAGUUGUCUGCUACUAUUAACAAAGGAGUUUGCUCUCCAGGUGAAACUUUAUCUGUUGUUGCCAAAAUCCACAACUUUUCUUCCAAAGACAUGAGGCCCAAAUUCAAACUUCUGCAGAGAACAGUGUACCGCUGCAAGAAGCAUACUAAUAUCACAUAUAAAAUUCUGUUCAAAAUGGUCGGGGACAUUAUCGGUCCGAACUCAGAGCAAACUGCCUCCUGCCAGUUGAAGAUUCCGGAUGAUGCCAUUCCCACUCUCCAUAACUGUGAAAUCAUUUCAGUUGAAUAUGACAUCAAGGUCUAUCUGGAUAUAAGUUUUUCCAUUGACCCAGAGGUGGUGUUACCACUGGUCAUCGUUCCUUCCAGACGUGCUCCCAUUAGGCCUGGUGAGGCUGUGGGACAGUCUGAGGAUGAGGCUGAGACAGCUGAGACCACAAGUUACAGCAAUGUCUCUUCCCCUGCGUUCCCCACUGGAUUUGGCUCUGUAUCCACAGAUCCCACACAGCCUUCAAACAUAACAAGUGGCAAUUCUAGCCAGUGGCCACAAGGUGCUGCUUCACUGGGGUUUUCAACUCCAACUUUCACAGUGCCUUCAGUGCAGCAACCAGGUGCUACUGCUCAGCCUGCUUUUGUGCAGGGAGAACAAUCUCCAUUAUAUACAUCCAUUUACCACUAUCAGAAUGAUUAACUUUAGAAGCUGACCUGGAUUUAGCAAGUGAAUAAGCCAAAUAUUAACUGUAAAUGACACCGAAAGCUGUCUAAAAGGGUAGUGAAUCUGAUAUUCUGAAAACAAAGCCAAUUUAAAGUUCUGAAAGUCCUGCGUUGACAAACAAAAACCUUCAUUACUGCUUCUGUGCCUUUGCUGGGUGCUGCGUCAUGAUGAGACAGCAGCUGUUGUUACACAAAUGAACUCAAAGUUGUGUACAAAAAUUUUAAAAAUGUGACCUAAAAAAUUGUCGUCAAGAAACCGAACUGUGAAUCAUCCAAAGAGCCAUCUUUUGUCAUACUAUUGUCAAUCCACAGUUUGGUCUUCAACAUAAUUUGGGAUUUUUUUCCACCAUCUUUCUUGAUUUGUUCAAAAACAGUUGCUCAGGAUCUAAUUGGUACAAGGAAAAUACAGCACAUCUUUCCCAUUUUAGCUAAGUUGCACUGGCUGCCUGUGAAAUGAAAAAUUGAUUGUAAUUAAAGGUUUAGAUCAGCUCUGAGGACCUAUAAAUUUUCACUUAUUUUUAUUCAAGUCUGAGGUGCCUUACGGUUUGUCAAUAUGGAUGUUUCCUACAGCUUUUUUAUAUCAACAGCUUUCGAUUCGUAGAAAUUAUGUAUAUAAUCAUAUAUGUAUUUUAUUUUAUUUUGUUGACUUCUGGUAUAAAGUAAUGUUUUUAUACUUUUUUGUUUUUACCUUUUUUUAAAAAUCAUAUUUUAAUGAUCAUUGUAUUUUUUUUCUUUCUUUUUAUUUUUUAUCAUGCUGUUAUUGCCAUUUGAGUUUUGUAUUUUGAAAUUGGAUUUUUGGAGACCUGGAAUGUAAAUAGAUUUAUAUGAAAGGGACUUUGGUUUGUCGUUCUAAAUGUUCUACAUUAAGAAAUCUGACUUGACUCGAUUUACAAUGCUUAACAAAUUUAAUAGGCCCCAUUUCAUAAAAACAGGAAAACAGAAACAAUUUUGAAAUCUGUCAAAAUACAUUACUGUUAAAUUAGGGCUGCUGUGGCAUAAAUCUUAUACUGGGUGGUAGUCUAAUAAAUUUGUUCAGCUUUUUA